CGGGGGGGGCGGGGGUUGGGGUGGCAAACUACUUGGAAGGAAAGGAACCAUGCAAGUGGAUGCUGUCUUCGGCUGGGUCAGGUUACGCAAAAUGAGGAAUUACUCCAAGAGCACUUCACCAGGGCUCACCCACACCAGAAAGGAUGCCAGCUGCUAGCACCAUGACCGGUGGGAGGGCCCUGCUGCUCUGCACAAACUCUGACAACUGUAUCUACCAAUCAGUCAACGGGCUCCAGUGCUGUGGCCUGAAGGUCGCUCCGGAGGCUCCGUCGCCUGCAGUGCCCCGAGAGGUGUGCGGGUCGCCCGGGGACAGAGACGGGAGGGGCCCCGCUGUGUGCGCCAAGCGCCCCCUCUCCCCUCCGCUCGGCCGAAGCCGUAGCCCCGGUCGACCUGACGCCAUGCUGGCUCACAGGAGAGCCGCCGGGGGCGACCCGCCGCCGCGCGCUCCCGGCGUGGAGAACGGGCUGUGCGGCAAGCUGACCGACAGGGGCCCGGCGGCGGCGGCGAAGACCGCCAGCAUCCGCGAAAAGAUCUCCCAGUGGGAGGGCAAAAAGGAAACGACGACGACGACGCCCCCCCCGCCGGCGGCGACUUCCGCGGCGACGUGUCCACCCGGCGCCACGCCGAAGGAGGCCGAGGCGGCGAGGAAAAGGGACUUCAAAGCCGCCGAGGUCCAGAGGACGGAGAGCAAGCGGUUGGUCAGCUGGGACAGACAGGACCCGGGGAACGAGAGCGCCGGGAAGCCGGGGGGUCCGAGGCCCAAGUCGCCAGAGGGUCCCCGGGCUUCCAAGGCGGCGGAACAGCCCCAAGACAAGAAGAGCGUUUUGACUCAUGUUAAGAAACUGGAGAGGGCAACGAAGGAGGUUCCCGCCGGACCUUCACUCGCGUUUCCAGGAAAUUACUUCUGCCCUCCUUCCAAGGAGGAGCUGGAGGACACGGAGAAGAGAGCCAACGAGCCCAAUUUUGGGACUCUUGAUGUCGUUGGGCCGAGUGGGUCCCGGAGGAGGGUAGGAGGAGGGGGGGGGGCGGAGGGAGAUCCAGAGAACGUGUACAGUGAGCCAGGUGCUCCGUCCAUAAACCCCCUACCCAAACCUCAGAGGACCUUCCAGCACCACACGCCGCCGACGAACCCGGCCUCGGGCAAGGGGAGGAGGAACCUGCCCCCUCUGCCCUCUAUUCCUCCUCCACCUUUACCCACGUGCCCCCCGCCUGGCGUUUGUAGGAGACCCUGGGCCGACAAACCCCGGGACAGUGGCAACAGGAAGUCCUAUGAAUUUGAGGAUCUGCUCCAGUCGUCGACAGAGAGCUGCAGGGUGGACUGGUACGCUCAGUCAAGACUCGGCCUCACGCGCACUUUAUCGGAAGAGAAUGUCUACGAGGACAUCAUAGACCCUCCCUCCAAGGAGAACCCCUACGAAGAUAUAGAGCUGGAGCAAAGUAUUUCGGAAAGCAAGCCAUCUCCUGUCCCGGACACGCCAUCUAAGCUCGCCAACAAGCCCGGCUUCUUCAGACAAAACUCUGAACGGCGCAGCUUCAAGCUCCUGGAGCUACGCAAGACCGGCAGGGACAUCGGCGCCCCCCCACCCUCCAGAAUCAGCCCCCCCUCCACGCCCAGCAGCCCCGACGACACCCCCUGCCUCUCUGGAGACCCGCACAAUCGCAGGAGGAGGAAAGUCCCCAAGAUGGUGCUAAAAAUAAAUGGCAUCUUCGAGGCGCGAAGAGGGAAGAAACGGAUGAAGAGGGUGUCACAGUCCACGGAGUCCAGCUCAGGGAGAGUGACGGAUGAGAACAGCGAGUCUGAAAGUGACACGGAGGAGAAAUUGAAAGCCCACAGCCAGCGGCUGGUGUCGGUCCAGUCCAUGCUGAGGCAGACGGGGCGGUACCGCGCUUUGGAGAGGGAUCUGAUGGAGUUGCCCGAGAGGAAACUCUUUGAGUAUUUCAUAGUUGUUGCGCUCCACAAAACCAAGGCUGGAGUCCCGUACCUGCCAGAGGUCACGCAGCAGUUCCCCCUCAAGCUCGAAAGAAGCUUUAAGUUCAUGCGGGAGGCCGAGGACCAGCUGAAGGUCAUCCCUCAGUUCUGUUUCCCCGACGCCAAAGACUGGGCCCCCGUCGACACCUUCCCCAGCGAGACGUUCUCAUUCGUCCUGACCGGUGAGGAUGGAAGCAGGCGGUUCGGUUACUGUCGGCGAUUACUGCCCAGCGGUAAAGGCCGGCGCCUCCCCGAGGUUUACUGCAUCGUGAGCCGCCUGGGCUGCUUCGACCUCUUCUCCAAGAUCCUGGAUGAAGUGGAGAAGCGGAGGGCCAUCUCUCCUGCUCUGGUGCAGCCUUUUAUGAGAGGCAUCAUGGAGGCUCCCUUCCCUGCUCCGGGGAGGACCAUCAUCGUCAAAAACUUCCUGCCCGGCUCCGGGACCGAGGUGAUCGAGCUGUGUCGGCCGUCGGACUCUCGUCUGGAACACGUGGACUUUGAAUGCCUCUUCUGCUCCUUGAGUCUACGCCUCCUUCUGCGAGUGUUCGCCUCGCUGCUCCUGGAGCGCAGGGUCAUAUUCACCGCCGACAAACUCAGCACGUUGUCUCAGUGCUGCCAUGCCGUGGUGGCUCUCCUGUACCCCUUCACCUGGCAGCACACCUACAUCCCCGUGCUGCCGCCCUCCAUGCUGGAUAUCGUCUGCACGCCGACCCCCUUCAUAGUGGGCCUCCUCUCCAGCUCGCUGCCUCGGCUCAAAGAGCUGCCCAUAGAGGAGGUCCUGGUGGUAGACCUCGGCAACAGCCGCUUCCUCAGACAGCUCGACGACGAGGACUCCAUUCUCCCCCGCAAGCUGCAGGCAGCUCUCGAUCACGUGCUGGACAAGAGGAAGGAGCUGGCCUGUGAGAAAGGAGAGCUGCAAAAUGACUGCGGCUCCCUCAGCGCGGUGGUGUCGGAGGCCUUCGUGCGUUUCUUCGUGGAGAUGGUGGGCCACUACUCCCUCUUCAUGGGCGCAGCAGACCGGGACGACGACUCCACCUCCUCCCCCCCCGCCGCCGCCUUCUUGCCCGGCUCCUCUUCCUCCCCCCCGGCGUCCUUUCAGCGAGAGGCCUUCCGCAAGGCCGUCACGUCCAAGAGCUUGAAGAGGUUCCUGGAGGUGUUCAUGGAGACCCAGAUGUUCACCAGCUUCAUCCAGGAGAGGGAGCUGCGCAGGCAGAGCCUCAGAGGUUUAUUCGAGGUGAGAGCGCUGGAGUAUCUGGACUCGCUGCCGGGGAGCGAGCAACGAGGGGUCAACAAGUUCCUCAAGGGUCUAGGAAACAAGAUGAAGUUCCUUUCCAAAAAGUGACCUUUGGAGUCAAGGAUGUAAUGCGUGAAAGUAGAAAAAGAAGAAGAGGACACGCCCCCCGCCCCCCCGGGGGCCAGGAGAAGGUAGAGAGGACGACGUGUCUUUGGGUCGCAGCAAAGGAAGGCGUUAGAAGUGUCUCAGUGUCUCUCAGAUUGCAGUGAAUUACUGCCUAGCAUUGCACAGUGUAAAUGUCUUUAGGAAAAGUGUUCUCCCUUUUUCAGUCACUGACCUCACGUAUAUAUAUAAAUAUAUAUUUUACCUGUUAGAGGGAGCGACGCCGAAGGUCCCAUUUUGUACAAUACAUUCCUAUACAUUCCAAGUAUUUUCUAUAGAAGCUUCUACUACUGUACAACUUCUUCAUCAACAGGAGGCUUUUAAGUUAAUUUAUAUUCUUUUUAGAUGAACCUAAUCUCUUUUUUUUUUUUUUCUUCAAAUGAGUGUGAAGAAAGCUUCUGUGCUUUGUAAUAGGCUUUAUUUAACAGAGUCUGGUCCAGACUGUUUGUACACCACGCUGGGUUGUAGGGUAAAUGUACCACUGUUUUAAGGGAAAGGAAUGAGCACCAAAAGGAAGAAAAUAAAAAUAUCAAUGUGAAUAUAUCUCUCACCUGGGUUUUGAGUUUACAGUUUGGAUGGACUCUGUAUCUUGGGCCAACUUUUAAACUUGAUUGAGAAUGCAAU